AUAACCACAACAAGUAUAACGCAUUAACAUUGUAUUUAUGGAAAAUCGUUCAUCUCGACUAAAAUAAAGAUAAUGACAAACAAAAACAAUAAAACACGUUUUAAAAGAUAAAAGGAAACGAGCAACCAUUAUAACAAACACAUUGUCUUCCCAAUAAAAAUGAAAUGCACAAAUUAAUAACUCAUCUUACAUUCAUUUUGAAAACGAAACAAAAUUUACGAAGCAAUAAAACGAUAUCCAAAAACUACAACCUCCUUAAAUAACACCAGAAACUAAAAAUAAAAUUGAACUUAGUAUGAAAAAGUAAAACUUCAUUUAAAACUACACGUGAAUCAGCAAACCAAUCGGCGCACAAAAAUAAAAUAUAAAAAAAAUAAAAUUGUCGUUCAAAUAAAAAUUGCAUGCUAGCUAUAAAACAUUUCAACGCACUGGAGAGCGUGCAUUGCACUGCCAUUUGGUGGAGAUUUGGUUUUUAAUGCGGCCAGUGGCAACGGUGGCAGAGUGGCAGCGCGGCGGUACCAGAUGGCAGAUACCACAGACCCUCGAUAUCGUGGGCGGCUUUGUUGAGGCAUGUCGUAAUGGCCAGAGAGGAGUCUCGUGGCAAGAGACCCCUUAAAAUUUGGGAUAGUUGGCGAAAUGUGCGCAAAGGCGUAGUUGUUGGAACAUUCGAGGAGCUAUUAGUUAGAGGAAAGGAUAAAUUAGGGGUUCCUGCCUCAGAACCGGUGCGUGUUGUUCUGGAGUGCGAUGGAACCCAAAUCGAAGAUGGCGAAUAUUUUCGUACAUUGGCAAACAACACGGUGCUACUAUUGUUAAGGCAGGGCGAACGUUGGUACCCAACAGGUGUUGAUGUUAUAAAGGCUGCGAUAUCAGCUAUACCUAAGAUCGUCUGUGAGACGAUUCACGCGCUCGAAUUACACGAUGAGACGCCAUCUUGGAAGAUUAUGGAUAAUAAGGGUCGUGUUACGGUGGUCCUGCAUUGGGAUCAGCGUCAGGGAGGUGGAGGAGGAGGAGGCGGCGGCGGCGGAGGAGGUGGUGGCGGUGGUGGAUGUGCCGGCGGCGUUGGUGGCAUGGGACCAAGUGGUAGCGGCGCCAGCGGCAAUAACGGACUCAUGUCAUCGGACAAGUACUCACCAUCGAAGAAAGGACUGUCGGCGCAAAGUUCGCUGGACACCAAAUCGGUGUCGUCACAAUCGUCACAGCAACGCUAUGCCAGCCCACAAAUAACCGUUAUCAGCGAUGAAGGUCCAGCGAGCAUAUACCAUCCGGGCGGUGUGGUGCUGCCACCCGGUGUGGUAAUACCAGGCACCAGUAGGCGCCUAUCCAAGCAGGGCGGCUCAUUUGAUAGCGCCGUCGGUGCGGUGCACGUGCAUACACCCGAAUGCGCGCACCAUGCGCACACGCCCAGUCGGGCGGGCAGUCCCAGCACCACGGAAUGCGAUUUUCAUUGUUGUGCGCUGCACGAGGAGGGGCGCAAAAUAGCCGUGCACAAAAGUGUGGCCACGUCGCCCAUACAAGACGGCACCACGAGUCCCCAGCCGCAGCAACAGCAGCAACAACAAGCGACGCUAUCAAUGUCAUCGGUUGUGGAUCCUAUGAUGGGCGGCAGCAUGCAGCGACGCUCAUCGGGCGUCAAGGGCCAUGUACGCUUUCUGGAUAUUGCGCCGGAGCGUGAUAGCUCCGAGAGUGAAACGGAGAAUACCGUCAUGGAGGACGAUAAGACGACGACUGAGAAAUUCCUGCUGCUCAUCGAUCAGCUGUCUGUCGAUCAGAAACGACAUCUCAGCAUCAAAGACAUCGGCAUCAUAUUGGAGCGACUCAAUUCGAAGAUACUCGACGUAGAGCGGCUGGAUCGAGAAUCGGAAUCGGACGAUUGCUACAAUUGGACGAUAAAGGCGACAAUACGAGGUGAUGCGCUGCGUGAGCUGGGCGUCAUCUAUAAUGGAAACUAUUACGCCAUAUCCGAGCAUCCCGGCUACAAGGAGGAAGUCGAAGAGAACGGCGAAGAGGUGGAGGAAGAAGACGAAGAGGAUAGAAUAUAGAAAUGCAAUUAAUUAAAUUACAAAAGAAAAAUGAAAAAAACAUAAAACACACAAAUAAUUAAAUUAAA